CAAUCAUUACUGACGGGAUCUUUUGACAAGUACGUCUAUAUCCCUCGAUUAAUAUUCGAGUUUUCAAUUGAUAGCAGAUUAAUAUCAGCAGAUAACAUUUUAAAGUUGUUGUGAUAUCUAUGCAGUCGGCUAAUAAUUUUGUUCCAACUUUUAGAACUGCACAAGUUGUAGACUGUCGAAGUCCCGAGGUACAAUGUGAUACACUUUGCUUGAAAAGUUGUACUUUUAAACGCCGAUUUACACUGGACAAAUUUUGCCUAAAACUGUCGCAUGCAGCUUGCUUACAACUUGAAUUGUAGGACAACGUAAGUGAGUUGUGUUCUUGAUUUAAACAGUACAAUUCAAGUUGUAAGCAGGUUGCAUUCGACAGUUUUAGACAAAUGUUGUUCAGUGUAAAUCAGCCUGAGGGAACGGUCAUCAUUUAUGUCGGGGGUGGGGGGGGGGUGGCACCGAAGAGAAAAGGGUUGGGUAAACAAAAUUUUGAGUGAGUAAAAGGUUGGGUAAAUGAAAAACAAACAACUGAAGGGUUGGGUAAUAAAAAUUUAUUGUCAUUUCCAAAGCAUGACUCACUCAAAUAUUGAAGACUAAAAAGCAAUGUCAACAGUCGUAUGUCAAUACAAUAUGUAAAUCAAUCAGAGUCACUAUCUUGAUCAUUUUCCGAUUUGUCAGAAGCCAAAUGGUGUCUCCAAAGAAAGUACAUGUGCAGACAACAUGAAACUUUAGACUGCAGAAAAUUGCAAAAGCAGUUACCAAACUCAUGUCACAGAAGUGGUAAAGGACAUGUGUGACAACUGAAUGGUAUCCUUUUGUAAAGUUUUUAGCCAGGGGUUGGUAUUUAUUUUUUAAUUGAUAUUUGAAGUUGGGUAAAUUUUUUUUACUUAAUGGUUGGAUCAGCAAAUUUUUUACCAAGAAAAACAUUUCUUUUCGGUGCCACCCCCGCCAUAAAUAAUGACCGCUCCCUAAUAAUAGCUUUGUAAAAUCCUUGUUAUCAACUUUGAUUUGAAAAAAAUCAUGAUUUAAUGAUUACAUUGAUAUCGAAGGAACUAGACUCAGUUCCGAAAUAUCACAUACUCGAACAGACCUGACCGCGUAACUCAGUUGGCAGAGCAUUGGGCUAGUAUUCCAAAGGUCGUAGGUUCGAUUCCCACCGUGGCCAGGCAUAUUUUGCAAGCCUGCCCGGUGUGGAUAUACAUACACUCAGAGUAACAUCACAAGCAUCAUAUUCACCUGAGUACAUUGCACCAACACAGAAAAAAACUAUACUCACCCAAACACAUCUGAGCUUUAGUUUUUAACACAUCUAUCUUCUUCACAGGCAAGCUGCAAGUCGUGGAAGUUAAAAGGCGAAGUGGAAUGUACAACUUGGAAUCAUUUCUCGCCCUUUUAUUUCUUGGUACGGUUUUCUUGUGUUUAUUAUGCAUAAAAAACUCCACUUUUAUAUUAUUUGUCAUGAGAAGAGUGCUUCCAGUUUUACUCUGCGAAUCACAGCAGAUUUUCUCGAGGUUACAAAUUCAUCUUUCUUGAUCUCUAGGGAGAACAAUUUAGAACUGAUACAGCUAUUCAGUGUAAAUACCGUAGAGCUUAUAUCUUCAUCUUUCAGGCCAGUACAGAUAAAGGAAAUAUUUACUGCUGUGAUGUCAGAACGAAUGAUCCUGUUUUUACACUACAUGCUCAUGACGAGGCUGCCACAGGUAUGAUAGAGCUAUCCAGUAUAAAUAAAGUUAGUUUAGUUUAGGUUUCCUGCUGUAGUAACACUGGAUCAAUAAGAGAUGAUCCUUACUGGACCUGUAGGAAGAACAGUUUAGAACUGAUAGAGCUAUCCAGUGUAAAUAAAGUUAGUUUAGUUUAGGUUUCCUCCUGUAGUAACACUAGAUCAAUAAGAGAUGAUCCUUACUGGACCUGUAGGAAGAACAGUUUAGAACUGAUAGAGCUAUCCAGUGUAAAUAAAGUUAGUUUAGGUUUCCUCCUGUAGUAACACUGGAUCAAUAAGAGAUGAUCCUUACUCGACCUCCAGGAAGAACAGUUUAGAACUGAUAGAGCUAUCCAGUAUAAAUAAAGUUAGUUUAGUUUAGGUUCCCUCCUGUAGUAACACUGGAUCAAUAAGAGAUGAUCCUUACUGGACCUCUAGGAAGAACAGUUUAGAACUGAUAGAGCUAUCCAUGCAGUAUAAAUAAAGUUAGUAAUCUUUCGUUUAAAUUGCUACAGGGAUUGCUCUAAGCAGUCAACUACCUGGCUGUUUACUGUCAGUCUCUCAAGAUAAAAUGGUGAAAGUCUGGGACAUACAGGUAGGCGUUUUUUCUCAUUACUCACUUUUAUCGACGUCGAUUCCACUGUUUCAAUUCACACAAUUUUCAUCCAAUUCACCCUUCCUUUCUUUCUUUUCAAUAGGACAACAAGCCUUCCUUCGUCGUUUCUCGGGAUAUGAAAAUGGUUAGUAAUGACAUUUGAAUUAUACGUUUGAAUGGCAGCAGAAUGGUGGUCCAUCUCACAAAAAUUCACGCUUAUAUUAAGAGCGAGAAAAUUACACUACAUCUCUCGAAUGUUAAAGGGUUUUGGAGAGCAGGAAUCGAACUCUAACCAACUGAGCUACAGAGAGACAGUUGUCGAGCUCUAACCAACUGAGCUACAGAGAGACAGUUGUCAAGCUCUAACCAACUGAGCUACAGAGAGACAGUUGUCGAGCUCUAACCAACUGAGCUACAGAGAGACAGUUGUCAAGCUCUAACCAACUGAGCUACAGAGAGACAGUUGUCAAGCUCUAACCAACUCAGCUACAGAGACACAGUUGUCGAGCUCUAACCAACUCAGCUACAGAGAGACAGUUGUCGAGCUCUAACCAACUGAGCUACAGAGUGACAGUUGUCGAGCUCUAACCAACUGAGCUACACAGUGACAGUUGUCGAGCUCUAACCAACUGAGCUACAGAGUGACAGUUGUCGAGCUCUAACCAACUGAGCUACAGAGAGACAGUUUAGUUUAGAUGACCAAAAUUCUGCUAUUUCCUCAUACACCAUACAUUGGAAUCACCUUACUAUUUAUACAUGAACUUGUGGAACUAGGUUUAUUUAUACUGGAUAGGUCUAUCAGCGAUGAAAAUCCACAGUUGCUCAGAUUUCCAAAGUCAAUAUGAACGCGAUGUUUUCCGCCCACAAAACAAACAAACUACUGAUCUAUAUUUGUCGUGUUCCCAAGACUACGCCUCAGACAUACAUUACUCUUUCAAUUCCCAGAUAAUACAAUGAUUGUACCACGACAAUCGACGAUUCACAUAUUUUCUUUUUCAAAUCAGGGUUCCAUCCUGAAUGUGUCAGCUUGUCCAGACAGUCCUUAUGUCUUUACCUUGGGCGGUGAGAAGCAAAGCUUGCAGGUCUUUGAUAUUUCACAGAGCGCUCCAGGUAUGUAGAUGUUUAUAGUAUAAAGUAGAACUUCCAACGAUCUUUGUACAGUGUAUAACAUCUUAGCAAUAGUGCCAUCCAGUCAUGAUCCAGUGAUCAGAAUGUUCCAUUGUCUUUUCAUUGUUUUGAAAAUCUCACUGUUCUCCGUGCCAUCCAGUCAUGAUCCAGUGAUCAGAAUGUUCCAUUGUCUUUUCAUUGUUUUGAAAAUCUCACUGUUCUCCAUGCCAUCCAGUCAUGAUCCAGUGAUCAGAAUGUUCUAUUGUCUUUUCAUUGUUUUGAAAAUACCACUGUUCUCCAUGCCAUCCAGUCAUGAUCCAGUGAUCAGAAUGUUCCAUUGUCUAUGCUAACUUUGUGUUUGUAUUCUUUUAUUUAGCAUGGAAACAUUUUAAAAAUCGACAAUGCUUAGUUAACGUCGCUGGUGCGGCUCCUGUAAACAAAGCUGGUGAAGAAACAACGGUACACGAAUAAAAUGCUUUAUCUACACUGGAUAGCUCUGCCAGUUCUAAACUGUUCUCCCCAGAGAUCUAUUAAGGAUCAUCUCGUUAGUUUAGGUUUCCUCCUGUUGUAACACUGGAUCCAUAAGAGAUGAUCCUUACUGGACCUCUAAGAAGAACAGUUUAGAACUGAUAGAGCUAUCCAGUAUAAAUAAAGUUAGUUUAGUUUAGGUUUCUUCCUGUAGUAACACUGGAUCAAUAAGAGAUGAUCCUUUCUGGACCUCUAGGGAGGACAGUUUAAAACUACCUUAUAAAGUUUAAACAGAUAUUUCUAUUGUUUUACUUUCUAGGAGGAAAAGGAAACGACGGAAAUUGAAGACGAUAUGGACAUGGACAUGGACGCAAAUGCAGUGUCGGCCAUGAAGUCACUUAGUUUAAAUAAAAACGAACAAAGGAAAGACUCUGUUGGAAAGAAAGUUAAAAAGAAAAAGAAUAAGCGAAAAUAACUUUAGAGUAAACAUGGUAUGAUUGUAAUGGCAUCUGGAAAU